AUGACCGCCACGUCGCACAGCGCCGCGAGCGAGCUCCCGGCUCUGACGAAUGGCACGACUGCCCAGUCCUCCCCAUCUCCGCUGUCACGGUCGCCAUCCCUCACACCUCCCCCACCCGCCUCAAAGGGCCCCACUCCGACCACCACCAAAGCUGCAACCAAGCGCAAAUCUGAAGCAGCGGCAAACAACAUCUCAACACCCAAGGCCAAGAAGAGCAAGAAGGACCAGGCCGAGGCGCCUGCUACGGAGGAGAAGCCCGAGAAGGGCACAUACUGUCAUCAGUGUCGAACCAAAUGCGAGCCUGAAGGUGUGAUCCGGUGCACCCGCUUGCGCAAGUACACCAAGGCGACGCCGGCGCGCGCGUGCAACUUGGCGUGGUGCGAGCGCGACCUCGAGAAGCGCUACGAGAUUGACCCCGAUGCGAUCCGGGCACGCGGGCAGAACGUCUCUGCCGCAGAGCUGGAAAAGCACGAUGCCGACAAGGAAUACGUGUUUUCCUGCCCGUGCUGUGAGGACGAGUGCCAAAACUCGACUUGUCGCAAGAAGAAAGGACUCGGGCCUCUUGGAGAUAUCGUCAAGCUUGCGAUACAGGCGGGCUGUACGCCUCUUGAGAUUGUGCAGCAGACCGACGCGGGGACCCUGCCCAACGGCAAGAGCCGAGGCGCCGACGACGACGAGAGCGAGUUGAGCGACCUUGACGCCCACCAAAGCCCAAGCAAGGACGCAAAGACGGGCAAGGGCAAGGCCAAGCCUUCUGCAAAGGAUGCAAAGGGAAAGGGCAAGGCCGCGGCGACCGGCAAGGACGCAAAGACCAAGGCGGCCACCGCAAAGGACACAAAGACAAAGGCCAAGGACGCAAAGGCCAAGGAGAAAGAGAAGGAAGACAAGGCAAAGGCAAAGGCUAAGGCUAUCGCCGAAUGGGUGGAGCCUCCCGUGGCGCCUCCCUUCUUCAACCCCGUGGACACGCGUAUGAACUGCGACGAGGUCGAGCAACGACUCUAUGUCCGCGAGUUCAUGAAUCGUUUCCGCGUCCUUCUCAACCUGCCCGACCGCGCCCUCGGACCUCUGGACAACUUUGACCAGGCUCUGACCGAAGCCAGUGUCCGCACACUGGCUGGUGCACUGCUUGAUCUCAUCAUUGCGGACGGCGGAGCCAGUCACGGUAUUGACUUCACUGUCAUCGAGUCUGUCGAGGAAAAGCGCGAGGAGCUGCGGUCCGCAUACGCCGACUUGGGCCGUUUUGCGCAAAUCUUCCGUGAGGUUGCCGACUGGCUCGACUUGGAGAUGCCCCCGGCUGUCGACACGACACGCGAGCGCAACUCCCGCGCUGUGCGUGCCCUCUUGGAACUUGGCGUCGACGAGCCUACACCUUCGUGGGCGAUCGACUCUGGUCCUUCGCGCCGCGGCGCCAGCCGUAUCCCCCAGCCUAGCGAGGUUAUCCGCAUGCUCAUGGCGCUGAUCGACUUUGUGAUCCACCUCGAGGCUGUGCGACAGCACAUGGACCCAGCAGUGUUCAACGCGUACGGCGACGAGCUGCGCAAGAACGUUCAGUUCAACAAGGAAGAAAACGCGCGCUGGGAGGCAGAGAAGAAGAGUCUCAUGGCCGCGCGCGUCCGCUGCAAGACUGCCGAACAGACAAAGGCCAACAAGGUCAAGUUUGACGACGCACAACACCAGCACAACAUGCGCAUGCGCGAGGCCUACAUCAUCGUCAACACUGUCCAGCAACGCAAGGUGAUGCGCUUUGCGCCGCUGGGAACCGAUUCGGACGGCCGUGUAUACUAUGCCCUCACGCCGCGCCUCAUCCAUGAAGAACGCUACCGCCCUUCCGGCUGGACAAAGGGUGUCAUGGUCUGGGGUCCCUCCAUUGAGGGCCAGGACAGCCCCGACGGUCUGCCAUGGCAGGUCGAGCGGUGGAUGUAUUUCAACACUGCCGACGACACACGCCAGCUCGGUCUCUGGCUCGCGUAUAUGAACCGCAAGCAGGUGAAGGACAUGGAAAAGGCGGCGGCGGCGGGCAAUGGCGACGUUAACGGAGUGCCAAAGACACCAAAGGGCAAAGCAAACGGCGUCAAGGCCAACGGUACGCCAGCGGUCAACGGUACCGCUUUGGAUUCGCGGCCAGUCUCCCGCCGCACCUCGACUUUUGAAGGCAAGGUCAAGGCCAAGGACGAGCAAGACGACGACGACAACUCGGACACUGAGAGCGAGCUGUCCUCGGCACCUAGUACCCGCGACGACCUGCUUGCCCUCCUCGACCCGCCGGGAUACACGCCCUCGAUCGAGGCCGUCAAGGAUCAGUAUUCGCUCGUCAUGGGCGUGCAGCAGGUGGCUGGCAUGCUCGAGGUGCUCGAGUGGAGGGGCAUUAGGUAG